AUGGCAUGGCAAAAUAUCUCCGAUGGACCUCAGUUGACAGUUGCCAACUUGCCACAUUUUGAGGGGGUUCACUUGCAGAAUACUACUCUUUAUGAUGGAAUGCAGUUUAUGCCAGCAUUUGAUCUUGCCCAGUGUCUUGGCAUGAGACAAAAUUUUACUUCCAUGGACCGAGAUUUAAAUGCUGAUGGAAACGUACCGCAAAGGUCAGUUAAUUUACGCCGAAGAAGAGAUCUUCCACAAACAUCAACAUUACCCAAGGUUGCUGAGAACCAUGAGUUAGGAAGUGCUGGCAUUUCUAUGGAUCCAUCAUUUUUUAACAACGCAAUCGAACAGAGUCCUAGUGAAAACAGAAGUUCCUUAAAGCCUCCAAAAUUUCUUAUGGAGAACAGUAAUCAUCAGCCACAUCAUCAUACAGUUGCCCUACCUGUUCAAUGUAGUGAUUUUUUCAUUACCAGCUUGGGAGAAAUUGAUAAUCGGACAAGUUACCAUAAUUCCUACCAGAUAUGGCCGGUUGGGUUUACAUCUUACUGGCAUGAUAGAGUUACUGGUUCACUGUUUGAGUGUGAAGUGAUUGAUGGAGGAAAUUUUGGACCUUUGUUUAAGAUGAGAAGGUUACCAUGUUCAGCAUUCCAACUUCCGGAUGCAUCAACCACAGUGUGCCCAAAUGUUGUUAGAAAGGCUGAUACAAUAGAAACAAGGGAAGGUAGUGGUUCGAUUGAAGAUACUACUAAUGAUGCUGAUGAUAAUAUUUCUAUGCUCUUAUCAGAUUUCUCUGAGGCGAAUCAAGAUUUCUUAUCAUGUCUCGGUAAUGAUAUGGAGGGUAAAGAGAGUUUAGGGUGCACUAAUGUACAAACUUCGAAUAUGACAGUGCCAGCUGUACUGUCAGAUCCUGGGUCUUUCAGUUGGGCACCGACUAAUGAUGCAAAUAUGUAUGACAAAAUUGGUGACUUCAGUUAUGAAGGAACAUCACCUUCCUCAGUCUGGAGGAUGGUUUGUUGUGCUAUGAUGGAAGCUUGUGAAAAAAUGUACAAGGAGCAUGGCCAUUUGGUAUUAUUCUGCACUCACAGUAGUGAAAAAUCUUCAUUUGACUAUGAAAGUGGACGUCAGCGCACUGAUAGUCCUUUUGAUCUAUUGGCUAAGUUUUGCUCAUCAAAUGGACCUAAGGUACCACGGUUUAUAGAAAAGGAGAAUGAUGUGGAAUCAACUUGUGCAUUACUUAAAGAAUGGUUGUAUCCGGACAGAAUCGGGUUUGAUAUGGAAUUUGUUCAGGAAUUUGUGGAAUCUCUUCCUAAAUCCAGGGCUUGUCCAAACUAUCAGUUCUUGUGUAACAGGACUGGAAUUAACUCUUCGCUGACGAUUGCAAGUGGCACACUGAUAGCUGUUAAUAAAAAUAGUCCGUUGCAUGGGGAUGUCAUGUCAUACGGUAGACAUGGAUCUGUAGUGAAUGGGCCACAGGAUCAUGCUCAGCCUAGCUCUUUUAGCAUCCGUGAGCUUCCUCCAGGAAAUCCUAUUAGCCGCAAGCUUCCACCAGAAUUGGCAGGGGAUGUUUUCCAGAUAUUUGAGUUUCUUGGACGAUUUGGUGAAAUCAUCGGCCUGAAAGAACUUCCUUCAAUUGAGCAAGUAGAAGAUGAACUCAUUGACCCAUGGCCGAUUCACGUGAAUCAAAAUGAUAACCAAAACUACAGAGAUCACACUCCACCAAUGAAUUCACCUGCUAAUGUCUCUACAUCGUAUUCGAAUGGUGAAUCAGGUAUAACUAUUGAAGAAAUGGUAUCUGUGUCUAUUCCAGUUGAAACUUCAUCACGAGAAGCUGCUCAAAAUAAGUUGGCUGCCCAGACACUUGGGAGAUGUAGUGGUUUAGUGCUGCCUGAGAUCCACCUUGCACUCUUGAAGAUUCUUUUCACCGAACUUGUAUCUAGAGUUGCAAUUUUUGUGGAUCCAAAAAUUGAUUUAAAGGAAUCCAAAUCCAGACGAGGAAGAAAAAGGGACACUGAUACUCUGACAAGAGAGUUAAAGAUUGAUAUGCUGACUGCUAACAACUUGACUUGGCCAGAGUUGGCUAGAAGAUAUAUUUUAGCUGUUUCUUCCAUGAGUGGCUGCAUGGAUUUAUCUGAUAUUUCUAGUCGAGAAGGAGUGAAAUUGUUCCGCUGCCUACAAGGUGAUGGUGGUAUCCUGUGUGGAGCUCUACCUGGGGUUGUUGGCAUGGAGAAAGAUGCAUCGCUGCUUGCAGAGGCUGAAACUUUGAUAUGCAAUUCUUCAGCAAAUGAAGGGAAUAAGGUCUUUAUGAUGGAUUACCAGGAUGCUGAUAUUGUAGAUUCUCCAGAGGAGCCUGCUAGUGACACUACAUUACCAGAUUGGGUGAAAUCACUGGAGCCUGUGAGAAAAUUGCCAACUAAUGUGGGAACAAGAAUAAGAAAGUGCGUUUAUGAAGCUUUGGACAGAAAACCUCCAGAAUGGGCAAAGAAAAUUUUGGAGCAUUCAAUCAGUAAAGAGGUCUACAAGGGUAAUGCAUCUGGACCAACCAAGAAAGCUGUCUUAUCCGUCUUGACAGAGGCCUGUCGUACAAAAGUGCCCCAGAAUACAGAAAAACCAAGAAAGGAAAGAAAUAUUAUCUCCAUCUCAGUGGCUAUCUUGAAAAGGUGCCGUAUUGCCCUGCGGCGUGCUAUUUCCUCUGAUGAAUCAAAGCAGUUUGCUAAUUUGCUUGGAACAACACUAACAAAUUCCAAUGAGAAUGAGGAUGAGGGCAUCCUUGGAUUUCCUGGUAUGGUAUCUCGCCCUUUGGACUUCCGCACAAUUGAUAUAAGGUUGGCUAAGGGAGCUUAUCGUGGAUCUUGGGAGGCUUUUCUUGAUGAUGUACAAGAAGUAAUCCGUAAUCUGCAAACUGCAUUUGCUGAUCGACCUGAAGUGGUAGUCAUGGUUGCUGCACUGUCUGAGAGUUUUGAGUCAUUGUAUAAGGCAGAGGUACAAGACCUUGUUGAGAAAUUUGACAAAUAUCUAAGCAAUGAAAAUGGUAACUCAGAAAUCCACCAGGAGCUACAAGAUGCUCUCACAGCAGCAAACAAUAAGCUACCCAAAGCACCAUGGGAGGAUGGUGUCUGCAAAGUCUGUGGAAUCGAUCGAGAUGAUGAGAGCGUCCUUCUAUGUGAUACUUGUGACUCUGAAUACCACACUUAUUGCCUGAACCCGCCACUGGCACGCAUACCGCUUGGAAACUGGUAUUGCCCGUCAUGUACUGCCCAAACUCAUGUUUCAGUGCAAGAACAAAAGAAGUGCCUUGGGGAGGAAGCUCAUGUUUUUAUUGAGAAACUCAACAAGUUAGCUGUUGCGAUGGAUGAGAAAGAGUACUGGGAGCUUAGCGUAGCCGAGAGAAUAUAUUUGCUGAAAUUUCUAUGUGACGAAUUGCACAACACAGCUCUCAUCAGGGAACAUCUAGAUCAGUGUUCAGACAAGUCAAAUGAUCUCCAGCAGAAAUUACGUCAUCUGAAUUAUGAACUGAAAGAGUUGAAGUAUCGGGUAGAAAUAAAAACUCAAUAUGCUACACAAAGUAGAUGGAUGAAAAAUGACCAAAUAGGCAAUAGUUCAGGACUUGUGGAGAAUCAGCAGCGUGCUAUGCCCACAGCAUCAGAGCAUUUUGAAGAGGCUGAACAGGUUAAUGUUGGAGUUAACCUCAGCAACCCUGCUGAAGGGGUUCCUGCUGGGCUAUUGAAUGUGGGUAAACCUUGCAGUACUGACAAUGGCAUAUCCAUCACAUCUGUUACUGAAGGAAGUAAAUCUUUGGGACUUUCAAAACAACCAUCAGAGAUAGUUACUGACUGGACCAAUCUGGACUCUAUUGGUGAAGGAUCCAAAAGUUGUGAGAAAUCAUUAGGUGGCAAAAGUGGUACUUGUGAUAACUUGAAUGUGGGAGAGGCUCAUUCUGCUACAGUUAUCAAUGCACCAAUUGGAGAUUUGCCUGAUGAAAAUGCUAGGGCAUCAUCCCAAGACAAUAUUGAAACAUCGACAUCUAAAUCGGUUGACCAUGAUGCUGAUAACAACGAAUCAAAUAAUUUAUUGGAGAGGAUUUCACAGUUGCAGGAUUCAAUUAGCACAGUAGAAUCACAGCUGAGUAUGGCAUUCUUGAGAAGAGAGUGCCUGGGUAGGGAUUCUGUUGGUCGAUUGUACUGGGUUACAGGAAGACCUAGUAAGCGUCCUCAUCUUGUUGCAGAUGGAAGCAUGCUGAUACCCAAAGACAGAGACAUUAGCAUGGUUACAAGCCAUUCUCAGUCAACAUUUGAUAGAGGUUGGAAUUCAGCAUCGCUUGUUAUGUAUGAAUCUGAUGAAGAAAUCAAGUGUCUUGUUGACUGGCUAAGAGACAUUGAUCCAAGGGAGAAGGACCUGAAAGACUCUAUCUUGCACUGGCAAAAGUCUCUUUAUCACCAGGCUAGUUUUCCCAUCACUGAUCCUCCAGUGUCCAAGUCUUCAAAGAGUGAACCACCUAUGGAACUUCCAAACACCAAGGCUUUUAUAGUUUUGGAGCAAAAGUAUGGUCUGCAAUUGGAUCAGGACACUAGUGAGCUAUCCAAAAAGAGAGGAAGGAAGUCAAAGUUGGGUUCUGAAGAAAGAGUAUAUCGCUGUGACUGUUUAGAGCCUCUAUGGCCUUCUCGACACCAUUGCUUAAAUUGUCAUGAAACUUAUCUCACAUUGAUGGAAUAUGAAGGGCAUAGUGGUGGAAAAUGCAACAGCAGUAACGACUGUCCUAGUGAAAGUAAAGAAAAUGAUGAGCCAAAACUGAAGGGUACCAAGACUGAUAUAAAGGAAAAAGAUCCUGUAGAUCAUAAUUGUUCCAUCAAACCAUCUAACAGUGGAAAAUUGGAGUCAUGCCCUUAUGACUUUGAAGAAAUUUGUAGAAAAUUUAUCACAAAUGAUUCAAACAAGGAGACAGUGAAGGAGAUUGGGCUACUUGGAUCAAAUGGAAUCCCAUCUUUUGUGCCUUCACCUGCAUAUUUCCUUGACCCGCCAGCUCUGCUAAAUGAAAAUAAAAGAAAUGACGAUAAACCAAAUGAUUGGACUUCCUCAUUGGAGGAAUGCCAAGCUAUGUAUGCCAAAAUGUCUGGGCAAGAGGGAUCCCAAGUUGGUCAAGAUUUUUCUGGCAAUGCAGGUGAUGGGCAGAUGCCAAAAUCUAAGAAGCCUGUUAGGGAUAGUACUUCAGCCAAGGAAGCACCUUCAACAGACAAACCAACAAGAUUGCUAACUGUUAAUGGGGGCUUGGUUCCAGAGUCAUCACUGAUGCCUGUGAUAGGCAGGAAUUUUCAUAUCCUGAAGCAGCUAAAGAUAAACUUGCUUGAUGUAGAAGCAGCUUUGCCUGAGGAAGCAUUCAGGGCCUCCAAGUCUCAGCAAAUAAGAAGACGUUCAUGGCGUGCUUUUGUGAAGGAUGCAGAAUUAAUAUCAUAUGUGGUAUUGGCAAUCAACUUCUUGCAGAGCAUGAUAAAAGCCGAAUUCCUGAAGAAAGAUUGGUGGUACUGGUCCUCCUUCACUGCAGCUAUCAAGACAACAACCGUAUCGUCGCUUGCUCUCAGGAUCUACACCCUUGACGACUGCAUCAUGUACACAAAGGAUCCUGCUCCAAACCCCGAGCCAGCUGACAAUGCAAGGUCUGGAAACAAGGGGAAGAGGAAGAAAGACGCGGAUUCAUGA